AUGUCGCAAGUACACGCCUUGUCCGACGACCAGGUCGGACAGGAGCUCCGCAAGAUGACGGCCUUCAUCAAGCAGGAGGCACUCGAGAAGGCGCGCGAGAUCGAGAUUAAGGCAAAUGAGGAAUUCAGCAUCGAGAAGUCCAAGCUAGUGCGCCAGGAAACCGACUCCAUCGACGCCGCCCACGCCAAGCGCCUCAAGCAAGCCGCUAUGUCCCAGCAGAUCACCCGCUCCACCGUCGCCAACAAGACCCGUCUCAAGGUCCUCGCCGCCCGCCAGCAGCUCCUCGACGAUAUCUUCACCGCCGCCUCCAAACGUCUCGACGAGGGCACGAAAGACACCGCCAAGUACCGUGGCCGUCCUCAAGAACCUACUCCUCGAGGGCCUAUACGCCCUAUCCGAGCCCGAGGUCCAGAUGCUAUCAAGGACGCCGAGAGCGAGUAUAAGAGCAAUACGGACAAGGAGACUAAGGUCACGGUCGACGAGGAUAACGCGUUACCUGAGGGAAGCUCCGGUGGACUAUUUAUUGUAGGUGGCCAGGGCAAGAUCGAGAUCAACAACACCUUCGACCAGAGAUUGCUACUCCUACAAACCAGCGGUCUCCCCGCCGUACGAGAGACGCUAUUCGGCAAGAACCCCAACCGCAAGUUCUACGACUAA